UCAAAAUUCUGAACCGUUUUCUGGAGGCAAACCGUUUUCUGUAUAUUUAGAAUUUCUCAGAUUGAGUCAUUGCUCCGAGCUCUAGCGCUCCUGAGUGGUUUCGAGCCGCUAAGAGAUAACAUAGCGAAAAACAAGACGAUUUGAAUGGAGUAAUGAACCACUGAAAGAGUUGGCCAAAACUUGUCAAAAAAAAGAAAGAAAGAAAGAAACUUGGCCAAAAGAAAGCUAGAGCCUUUGAGGCAAUGGUAGGAAAGGAUCCUGUUCUUUUCUUGCUCUUUCUUCCAUCCAUGAACGUCGAAACCACUUUGCAUCCCAGAGACACACUCAUGAUGCCCAAUCACGAUCAGGAUUAGAAGACGAAGAAGAAAUCACACGCUCCUUGCGCCGCUUGCAUGUGGGGGCGACAUGUCUCUUUCUCUGUUUUAGAAUCACAUUCCUGACGGGAACACAUGCUGGCAAUGGUGCUGGGAGUGGACCAGAAAGCUGAAAGCGCUACGAAACUUAACCGGGAUGCAGCUUGCGACCUCUACCAUAGCUUGAUUCUCUUGCCUGGCCGGCCUCUACCACUGCUGGAAAUCCUAGCAAUGUUGCCACAGAAAUCUCUGAAUUGGUUCUGCUUCUGAUAUUGAAUUCAGUGUUAAGUAAGCUCUGGGCCUGCACAGAACAAAGAAGAUAUCCCAUGUAUUUAUAGAAGACAAGCCCAGCUCACCAGUUCACACCCCUGCUACUCUACACCAGUACACAGCAACUCAGCUCAGUAGGCCAAGUGAGUGAGCCUUGUGUCGGCUAGGCGGCAAUGGCGACCGGCAGGCCGGGAGGCAGCUGGAGGAGUGUCGUGGCCAUGACAAUGGUGGUCGCCGUGGCCAGCAGCGUGACCGGCGCGCGCGGGCAGCUCAGGAUGGGGUUCUACGCCCAGAGCUGCCCCGGGGUGGAGCGGCUGGUCGGCGCCUUCGUCCGGCAGCACGUCCGCCGCGUGCCCACCGUCGCCGCCGCGCUGCUCCGGCUGCACUUCCACGACUGCUUCGUCAGGGGCUGCGACGCGUCCGUGCUGCUCAACUCGACCGCCGGCGGCGUGGCGGAGAAGGACGCGCCGCCGAACCUGACGCUGCGCGGCUUCGACUUCGUCGACCGCGUCAAGACGCUCGUCGAGGAGGCGUGCCCCGGCGUCGUCUCCUGCGCCGACGUCCUCGCGCUCGCCGCCCGGGACGCGGUCGCCGCCAUCGGCGGGCCGUCGUGGCGCGUGCCGACGGGGAGGAGGGACGGCACGGUGUCGAGCAUGCAGGAGGCGCUCGACGAGGUCCCCAAACCGACCAUGAGCUUCAAGGAGCUCACCGACCUGUUCGCCAGCAAAGGCCUGGGCGUCCGCGAUCUCGUCUGGCUCUCGGGCGCGCACACGAUCGGCAUCGCGCACUGCUCGUCCUUCGCCGACCGCCUCUACGGCCACCCCGGCGCCGGCGCCGGCGCUGGCAACGACACGACCGACCCGUCCCUCGACGCCGCCUACGCGGUCAACCUCCGGCGGCGCAAGUGCCGGGCGGCGAACGGCGGGUACGCCGAGGACGCCAUCGUGGAGAUGGACCCGGGCAGACACCUGAGCUUCGACCUGGGCUACUACCGCGCGCUGCUCAAGCACAGGUGCCUGCUCCAGUCCGACGCCGCGCUGCUCACCGACGCGGCGGCGCGGGCCGACGUCGAGAGCGUCGUGGGUGGCCCCGAGGAGGUGUUCUUCCAGCUGUUCGCGCGGUCCAUGGCGACGCUGGGGACGGUGCAGGUGAAGACCGGCGCCGAGGGGGAGGUCAGGAGGAACUGCGCCGUCGUGAACUCCCCCUCCAACUGAUUGUCUCCACUCUCCAUUCUUUCUAGGGAUCGUCGUCAGUGGAGGAUGUGCCAACUUGCUCUCACAUUUUGGUCAUUUGCAGCCGUUACAAUUCUACUGAAAAUUUUGUUAAGCUUCCUCUUUGUUGUGUUUGAUGUUAACUGUAGAAGAAUGUUGCUGCUCUUGUGUUGCAAUUUGCAACCUACCAAUUGCAUAUUGAGCUGCA